GAAAGUGAAAUCCAAAAAAAAAAAAUCGUGUGGGAAGGAAUGAUUAUUUAUUUUCCCCUUUCAUGGCUCACAAUAAAUUUGUUACAUCCUCUAGUCAUCUUAAUUUCUUCAACUUUUCUCAAAAUUUGAGGUUCAAAAUUAUCUUCCAUAGUUAUGUUGAAAUCAAAUCAAAUAUGUAUAGUAAGUAAGAUUACUAAUGAAUUUGGAUCUCAUUUGAUCAUUUCGUUGCUUAAAGAAAAACAUAAUAAAACUCAUCGGAUUUUACUCCGUAGUGGCGGGGCAGAGGUAAACCAAGGUGUUCGUCGAUUUUCAAUCAGCCCGUGACGAUUAGACCACGUUUGGACGCGUGAAUCUCAUCUUAAAUCCGAGGUUUCGUGUUUGGUUGUUCCAGCAGGUAAUUGCACAAGCCCUUUAGUUACUGUUUUCAUCGUUCUCCUGACACAGUUUCAAGCAAUUCCACCAUUUUCAUGUCCAGAGAUUAUAAUUGAAAUCGAAGAGCUUGUGCUGUGCAGGGGGUUCUGUCUGGGCUUCAGCUUUGAUGGUAAUGCCCUUUCUUCUCACUGCAUCAAAUGCAGAAACCCCUCAACUGUUUUGAGUUCCAUCGCCUUUAACACUGCAUUUAUUGAUUAAUUAUCUGAUUGCCAACACCUAACAUUGUACUGGGCCAGAUUAAAGAUUGAGAAUAAUGCAAUCAUGUGAAAAAAAAGGCUUACAAAACAUCAAAUGUGUUGAAAAUGCAAAACAUUUAUAAUUCCAAAUGCAAUCUUUUUUUAUAUCUAUUUGCUUACACCACCCGCUACUUUCAAUUUUUCUCUCUCUUCUAAUUAAUUUCAAUCUCCUUUUUUUACUUUUUGAUAUUUUUCUUAAACUCUAUGAUGACACACUGAUGUUUAUUUCGGGACAAUGGGAGUACAUUACGAGUGUUAUUCCUGACAUCAAAAUUUUUCUCCUAUUCUUUAUAGCCGAUUCCAAACCCUACUUUUGUGCGAUUCAAUUGGGUUGUUGCUGUUGUUUUCUUUAUAGCAAUUGUGGGUUGUGGUAAUGUCAUGUUGGAAGCUAUUCCUGAAUCUAUUUUUACCUUAAAAGUCUUCUUAUAAAGAUUCCUGUGUAUAAUGCAUCCAAUACCGAUGCACAUAUUGGCACCCUUAAGCUGUGUCAUUUGUGAAAUUUUGGAGACAUGGACCAAUAUUUUGUUAUGUACUAAAACAAGAUAUGAAAGUAAGUCUUUGGGAACUCUGGUAAUUCAUAUCCUCGUAAUUCUUAUAGAUACUUUCUGCCUAAGCUAAAAGUUUGGACAUAGCUUUUCUCUAGCGUAUGUUAUCUAUAUACCCCCCUUGUCCUGCAAAACAACUCCUCUCUUUGAUGACAUCAAGUUUUGGAAAUGUGAAAUGUGUGGUUGAAAUAUGUUUAGAAGACAUAUAUUAUGAGCCACAUAUUCUUUUUCUUAAAUAGAAGUGGGAGACGUACGGGAGUUAUUGUAAAUAGAGGUGGGACGAAACUACGGAAGGAGUACAUAUUAUCGUUUUGUUCUCUGUUCUUUUUCUGGAUAAGGAAGCAGUUUCAUCUUAUUUUAUACCCUUCUCUAAAAUGCUUCGUUCUUGGAGUUAUUGUAUUUUAUUAGAACUGUUAUAAGCAACAAUGAUUUGAAUGUUGGUCCCUCGAAAGGUCUGCGUGCACGCACCUUUCCUAGACCCUACUUUUUGUGGGAUUUUAUUGGGUUUGUUGUUGUUGAUUUGAAUUUUGUUGGUCCAAAUCACUUAACUGCUCUUUGUUUUUGCUCAUGGUUGCAUGUGAUGAAAGAACCCUGAGUACUAAAAGUUGGGUAUACACGAAAUCGCAUCGACAUGGACAUCUCACAAUCAGAAAAUGAUGAGAAGAGAACCGUUUGGAAGAAAUCAAAGCAGAAUCUGAAGGUGGCAAAAAGUGGGGGAAGUCAUGACAGUCCCCAAGAAGUUGAGCUUGAAGGAUUUCCCAAAAAGAGGCGCCAUGAAGAUAAUAAUCCCUUGCAAUUAGGAGAUUCGUCACACUUAGAGAGGCCUUGCGUAAUGCCACUUGUACCCCUCCACAACUUAGCACGUAGUUCAAAGGCUUCAGUGAUCUUGAGCGGAACAGCUUGUAAAGGAGCAACCGGACCCCCUAUUGGAGCUUUGGACAUUGGACUCAGCAAAUCUGCUUAUUAUUUCCGUAUUGCUCUACCUGGAGUUAAAAAGGACCCUGGUUUGUCACCCCUUAUUCUAAUUUACGUUUUUAGCCUCUAGUAUGUGAUCUGCUCUACCUGGUUUUUCAAGAACCCUGACACUAACAUUAUUAAGGUCAUUUAUUCGAUGCUUCAUAUAAAAUAACAUCAAACCCCAUGAAGCACUAAACCACAAGCCCAUUGUACAGUAUGUCAAAGCAAGCAGAAUAUCUUCUUGUGCAACACACUUGUAUACUUAUUCUUAGAGAAACGUCAAGCCUGCUUUAGAGCCUGUUUGGAUGGUUUUCUCGCACAUGCUCAAAAGGGCUUUUAGUUGUUCAAAAGCGCAAACAUUCUGAACUGAGUUUCAAAAACAACAAUUUUCAUAUUUAUUGAAAUAAAAUAGUAUUAAGAAUGAAUGCAUUUGGAGAAGAAGUAUUGAGAAUAAUCUGUUUUGAGCUCUUUUAUAGAGUUUGAGCAUUUUUUUUCAACCAAAAACACUAAAAUAGUGAUUUUUGGAAAUGUGUCUCAUUUCAAAAGUAAUCCCAAAUGAGUUCAUGGUUUUGAUGGGAUAAUUGAUUAUACUGAUUGAUGAUGACGAUACAUUAAGUUUUCUAAAACAAUCUUGUGAUUCUUGGCAUCAGGUGAAUUCAAGUGUGAGAUCGAACGUGAUGGAAAGGUUCAUAUCCAUGGGGUAACAUCAACCGGAGAAAAAGUCGUGUCAAGGUAUUCACGGGUGUUUCAAAUGAAAUUUCAAGAGCAUUGCCCGCCUGGCGCUUUCACUCUGUUUUUUAGUCUGCCCGGACCAGUUGAUCCAAGGUUAUUCUCACCCAACUUCAGAUCAGAUGGCAUUUUUGAAGCUGUUGUAAUGAAAUACGAACCAUAACCAUCACAUUUUGUAGUAGGGAGAUGGCUGGCAUUGGUAUUAUGAAUGAACAAGAAGAUAGAUUAGACAUAUAUGGACAGAUGAUGCUGUAAAUUAGGGCGUGAUACUGUAUUUGGACUCUUAGAACACAAUGCUUUCUAUAUUUAUGUCCUAACAUUUAUCUCCCAGUACUACAAAGAUCACAAUUGCAUUUCUCUUUUUGGCAUUUUUUUAUAUUAAUGUGAUUAAAUUAGGACGAUGCUA